ACUGUGAUUGUGAAUUUUAGUUCUUCUAAUUGAAUUGAAUUGGUGCGAUUAUGGCUUUGAAUCCUCAACUCUUACCAAAUUGGAUGCCCGUCCCUUUCGUCAACGAGAUGUUCGUCUUGUCCAGAGAUGGCGUCGAAUUCGAAGUCGAUAAGAUUCCCGAUUCUCCAAAUGCUGGGGGUAAACUCAAAACAAAGGGAACAAUCUAUUUGUCGAAUAUAAGGAUGGUCUUCGUUGCAAAAUCUCAAAUUGGUCACUUCUAUGCUUUUGAUAUGCCUCUGCUUUAUGUUCAUCAUGAAAAAUUUAACCAGCCAGUGUUUCACUGCAAUAAUAUUUCUGGACAAGUUGAACCAGUAGUUCCAGAUGAGCAAAACAGAGCUCUCUACUCCACAUACACAUUCAAGAUCUUGUUCAAAGAGGGUGGCUGUGGAACCUUUGUUCCUCUCUUCUUCAACUUGAUUAGUGCAGUCAGACAGUAUAAUCGACAGCCAUUUGUGCAGCCAACACAAACUUGGGUGGAUCCGUUGCAGGCAGCUCAGACUCCUGUUGAUGAGAUGAUGAGACAUGCAUACGUUGAUCCUAAUGAUCCAACAAAAAUAUUUCUACAACAACCUGGUACUGAUUCUCAGCUUAGGCGUCGGACAUAUCAGCAGCAGCCAGGUGCAGGCCAACAACUUUGAAGUCUCUGAAACUGCAUCUUCCUUCUUACCCUACAGCGGAGGUGUUUAUAAAUGUGGAACUGUGUAUUACUAUUGCCGUUAUAAUAAACAUGAUCACGUUGUGCAAUCAAUAUAUAUUGCUCUUUGAAGAUUCUGAUGUGUAUGGUAUCGACAGAUAUUUUCCUAUGGAAUUGUGUAAUUGUGUUCCUUUUUUGAUUGAUGACCAGUGAUUGGAGUCAGUUUACUAUGAAGUGUGCAACAUUUCUUGUACAUAGAAACAGGACUUCAAAUAUAUAUUCUCUCACAGCAACAAAUUGCUUAUAUUGA